AUGCGUCCCUCUACCUGGAUUCCCUUCACCGUGGGCCUGGCCGUUGUGACCCAUGCAGCGACUCCGUCAACACUGGAGGAGCUCUGCACUGUUUCUUAUCUUCAAAAUGUGUUGCCUCCAUCCAAGUUCAUCCAGGGCAUCACAAUUGACUCAGACUCUCUCACGACCAGCGUGGUGACCAAGAGCACUGUCAGCAGCUUUGACUACCCUACGGCGAUGAUCGACUAUUGCAAUGUCACCCUGGCCUACUCGCACGAUGGCAUCGACGGCGACCGAGUCCUACUCCAAAUAUGGCUACCAGCUCCUACCAACUUCCAAAACCGAUGGUUGUCUACCGGAGGGGGUGGUUAUGCCAUCAAUUCCGGAGCGCGCAUGCUCCCUGAGGGUAUCAUCUACGGUGCGGCGUCUGGACUCACGGACGGUGGGUUUGGGGGCUUCUCGGUCAAUGCCGACAGCGCUAUGUUGCUGGCCAACGGCACACUGAACUAUGAGGCGCUGUACAUGUUCGGGUACAAGGCUCACCGGGAACUUAGCUUGAUUGGCAAGGCCAUCACGCGGAAUGUCUACGGCAUGGCCGAUAGUGAGAAGCUCUACGCCUACUACCAUGGAUGCUCCGAGGGUGGCCGUGAGGGCUGGAGCCAAGUGCAGCGCUAUGGAGAUGAAUGGGAUGGGGCCAUUAUUGGGGCUCCAGCGUUUCGUUGGUCGUUCCAGCAGACCCAGCACCUCUUCUCGAAUAUUGUUGAAAAGACUCUCGACUACUAUCCCCCGCCCUGCGAGCUGGAGAGGAUUGUGAAUGAGACUAUCGUCGCAUGUGAUCCCCUGGAUGGCAGGACUGACGGUGUAGUGGCUAGAACCGAUCUUUGCUUGCUGCGUUUUGAUCCGAAAGUUAUCGUGGGCAAGAAGUACUCCUGCACCGCGUCUGCCACCGCGCCGGCCCAGAGUGGCACUGUUUCAGCCAAGGCAGUCGAGGUCGCCAAAACCAUCAUUAACGGACUGCAUGAUACCCAGGGCCGUCGUGUGUACUUCUCCUACCAGCCCAGCGCCGCAUUUGACGAUGCUCAGACGCAGUACAACACCACCACUGGCAAGUGGGAGCUGUCUAUCAACCAACUCGGGGGCGAACACAUUGCACUGCUGGUGAACAAGAACGGCACAACUCUGGACAGUCUGGACGGGAUCACCUACGACACGUUGAAAGACUGGAUGAUUUCGGGCAUGCAGGAGUACUACAGCACCCUGCAAACUACCUGGCCUGAUCUAACACCAUUCCACCACGCUGGCGGCAAAGUGAUACACUACCAUGGCGACGCUGACUUCAGCAUUCCCACUGCUUCGUCGAUCCGCUACUGGGAGUCGGUCCGGAGUACCAUGUACGGCAACCUGUCGUACAAAGCUGGUGCUAACGCUCUGAAUGAAUGGUACCGCUUGUACACUGUGCCAGGUGCCGGCCACUGCUCGACCAACGAUGCCAUGCCCAAUGGUCCGUGGCCUCAGACCAACCUCGCUACCAUGAUUGAAUGGGUCGAAAAGGGAGUGACACCGGUCACCCUGAAUGCAACAGUGCUCCAGGGGGAGUAUGAAGGCGAGAACCAGCAGCUCUGCGCGUGGCCAUUGCGCCCUCUCUGGAAGAACAACGGAAAGACCCUAGACUGUGUCUAUGACCAGGCGUCCAUCGACAGCUGGCACUAUGAUUUGGAUGCAGUUCCUAUGCCUGUAUAUUAG